ACACAAAGGAGGAAAGAGUAGCUGCCGCUUAGCCUGAUGUAUGUUUCAUGUAUCAUGCAGCGUGUCAUUAUGAUUAAAAUCACAUUACAUAACAGCAGUGCAAUUCUGAGAUUAAAGUAACCUGCCAUUAACAACAACUUUUUAUAUAAUGUAGAGAAUACCAUUAUGUACAUUUGUAACAUACAAUGAUUAAAACAUUUUUGUAUUUUUGUAGAAAAAAAUACUCUCCCUGCGGCUAUCGCCUGUGUGUGUCUAGGAGGAGUCCAAAUACCAGAAGUGAGGGAAGGACAAGCAGGGUUCUGUGCAGGCUCCUAGCUUGUCAACCUUCCUGAUGUGUGAGCUGGAAGCUGUCAUAGAGCCUCACUGCACAAAGCCCUGCUUGUCCUCAGUGUACAGAGCCCUGCUUGUCCUCACUGCACAGAGACCUGCUUGUCCUCAGUGCACAGAGCCUUGCUUGUCCUCAGUGCACAGAGCCCUGCUUGUCCUCACUGUACAGAGUCCUGCUUGUCCUCAGUGUACAGAGCCCUGCUUGUCCUCAGUGUACAGAGCCCUGCUUGCCCUCAGUGUACAGAGCCCUGCUUGUCCUCACUGCACAGAGCCCUGCUUGUCCUCAGUGUACGGAGCCCUGCUUGUCCUCACUGCACGGAGCCCUGCUUGUCCUCACUGCACGGAGCCCUGCUUGUCCUCACUUCUCAGAGCCCUGCUAGUCCUCAGUGUACAGAGUCCUGCUUGUUCUAAGUGUACAGAGCCCUGCUUGUCCUCAGUGUACAGAGCACUGCUUGUCCUCAAUGCACAGAGCCCUGCUUGUCCUCACUGUACAAAGCCCUGCUUGUUCUCACUGCACAGAGCCCUGCUUGUUCUCACUGCACAGAGCCCUGCUUGUUGUCACUGCACAGAGCCCUGCUUGUGCUCACUUCACAGAGCCCUGCUAGUCCUCAGUGUACAGAGCCCUGCUUGUUCUAAGUGUACAGAGCCCUGCUUGUCCUCAGUGUACAGAGCACUGCUUAUCUGCAAUGCACAGAGCCCUGCUUGUCCUCACUGCACAGAACUCUGCUUGUUCUCACUGCACAGAGCCCUGCUUGUCCUCACUGUACAGAGCCCUGCUUGUCCUCAGUGUACAGAGCCCUGCUUGUCCUCACUGUACAGAGCCCUGCUUGUUCUCAGUGCACAUAGCCCUGCAUGUCCUCACUGCACAGAGCCCUGCUUGUCCUCACUGCACAGAGCCGCUUGUUCUCACUGCCCAGAGCCCUCCUUGUCCUCAGUGUACAGAGCCCUGCUUGUCCUCACUGCACAGAGCCCUGCUUGUCCUCAGUGUACAGAGCCCUGCUUGUCCUCACUGCACGGAGCCCUGCUUGUCCUCACUUCACAGAGCCCUGCUAGUCCUCAGUAUACAGAGCCCUGCUUGUUCUAAGUGUACAGAGCCCUGCUUGUCCUCAGUGUACAGAGCACUGCUUGUCCUCAAUGCACAGAGCCCUGCUUGUCCUCACUGCACAGACCCUGCUUGUUCUCACUGCACAGAGCCCUGCUUGUUCUCACUGCACAGAGCCCUGCUUGUUGUCACUGCACAGAGCCCUGCUUGUGCUCACUUCACAGAGCCCUGCUAGUCCUCAGUGUACAGAGCCCUCCUUGUUCUAAGUGUACAGAGCCCUGCUUGUCCUCAGUGUACAGAGCACUGCUUAUCUUCAAUGCACAGAGCCCUGCUUGUCCUCACUGCACAGAGCCCUGCUUGUUCUCACUGCACAGAGCCCUGCUUGUCCUCACUGUACAGAGCCCUGCUUGUCCUCAGUGUACAGAGCCCUGCUUGUCCUCACUGUACAGAGCCCUGCUUGUUCUCAGUGCACAGAGCCCUGCAUGUCCUCACUGCACAGAGCCCUGCUUGUCCUCACUGCACAGAGCCGCUUGUUCUCACUGCCCAGAGCCCUGCUUGUCCUCAGUGUACAGAGCCCUGCUUGUCCUCAGUGCACAGAGCCCUGCUUGUCCUCAGUGCACAGAGCCCUGCUUGUCCUCAGUGUACAGAGCCCUGCUUGUCCUCACUGCACAGAGCCCUGCUUGUCCUCAGUGUACAGAGCCCUGCUUGUUCUCAGUGCACAGAGCCCUGCAUGUCCUCACUGCACAGAGCCCUGCUUGUCCUCACUGCACAGAGCCCUGCUUGUUCUCACUGCACAGAACCCUGCUUGUCCUCAGUGUAUUGAACCCUGCUUGUCCUCAACGUACAGAGCCCUGCUUGUCUUCAGUGUGCAGAGCCCUGCUUGUCCUCAGUGUACGGAGCCCUGCUUGUCCUCACUGCACGGAGCCCUGCUUGUCCUCAGUGUACAGAGCCCUUCUUGUUCUCAGUGUACAGAGCCCUGCUUGUCCUCAGUGCACAGAGCCCUGCUUGUCCUCAGUGCACGGAGCACUGUUUGUCCCCAGUGCACAGAGCUCCCUUCUUGUUCUCAGUGUACAGAGCCCUGCUUGUCCUCAGUGUACAGAGCACUGCUUGUCCUCAAUGCACGGAGCACUGUUUGUCCCCAGUGCACAGAGCUCCCUGCUUGUCCUCAGUGCACAGAACCCUGCUUGUCCUCAGUGCACAGAGCCCUGUUUGUCCUCAGUGUAUAGAGCCCUGCUUGUUCUCAGUGUACAGAGCCCUGCUUGUCCUCAGUGUACAGAGCCCUGCUUGUUCUUAGUGCACAGAGCCCUGCUUGUCCUAAAUGCACAUAGCCCUGCUUGUCCUCAGUGCACAGAGCCCUGUUUGUCCUCAGUGUACCGAGCUCUGCUUGUCCUCACUGCACAGAUACCUGCUUGUCCUCAGUGUACAGAGCCCUACUUGUCUUCAGUGUCCUGAGCCCUGCUUGUCCUCAGUUACAGAGCCCUGCUUGUUCUCAGUGUACAGAGCCCUGCUUGUCCUCAGUGUACAGAGCACUGCUUGUCCUCAAUGCACAAAGCCCUGCUUGUCCUCAAUGGACAGAGCCCUGCUUGUCCUCAGUGCCCAGAGCCCUGCUUGUCCUCACUGCACAGAACAGUGUUUGCCCUCAGUACACAGAGCCCUGCUUGUCCACAGUGGACACAGCACAGUUUGUCACCAGUGCACAGAGCUCCCUGCUUGUCCUCAGUGUACAGAGCCAUGCUUGUCCUCAGUGUACAGAGCCCUGCUUGUCUGCAAUGCACAGAGCCCUGCUUGUCCUCAAUGCACAAGAGCCCUGCUUGUCCUCAGUGCACAGAGCCCUGCUUGUCCUCAGCGCACAGAGCCCUGCUUGUCCUCACUGCACAGAGCCAUGCUUGCCCUCACUGCACAGAGCCCUGCUUGUCCUUAGUGUACAGAGCCCUGCUUGUCCUCAGUGUACAGAGACCUGCAUGUCCUCAGUGCACAGAGCCCUGAUUGUCAUCAGUGCACAGAGCCCUGCUUGUCCUUAGUGCACAGAGCCCUACUUGUCCUCAGUGUACAGAGCCCUGCUUGUCCUCACUGCACAGAGCCCUGCUUGUCCUCAGUGUACAGAGCCCUGCUUGUCCUCGGUGAACAUAGCCCUGCUUGUCCUCACUGCACAGAGCCCUGCUUGUUCUCAGUGUACAGAGCCCUGCUUGUCCAUUCACACUUCCUGUAUGUGGACUACUCACAUUUUUUAACCAAUGUAUAUUACAAACAUACAUAUAAUGGUAUUAGCUACAUUAUAUAAAAAGUUAUACUGAUGAAAGGUACAUUUCAAAUUAUGCUCUAUGGUCUAGAAUAAAAGCAAGGUAGAAAAUGGCAUAAAAUGCACAUACAUCAUACCACUGCCAGGUACAGUAUAUUGUCUUCUCUGCAUCUACAUAGUACACUUAUAGGCCUUAGAAAUAACUUUGGAAUCUAUGCGUUAUAACAGUAACACAUGCUGUUUUUUCACAUUCAUAAGAGUAAUGUAUAGGCAGUAGUUUUCAGAAUUUUAUAACUAUAUUUACAUUUUAGUAAGUGGAAGAUAAUGCUUGUCUGGAAACACAUGCUUCACUGUUUUGACAGUGUAAUUUAUUUACUCUCUUCGACUGCACAGGAUUUGAAUCAGAUGAUGAAGAAGAAGCGUAAACUAUUUAUUUACAGUCCCGAUCCUGGCCAUGUAACCCUUUGACCCAUAACAUUGAUUGCCGUGCUGAUAAAGGAACUGAUGGCUUUUGUGUCCUCAGAAAGAAGAAGCUCCAGUUGAUAAAGUACAACAACCCCUGCUAAUGUUCCCUGUGCAUGAGAACUACAACACAGACAUGCCAAUUCAGUAGUUGUGAUGCACGUCCCUGCACAUCAGGUGGCUGGAAGUGCUCCCGUAUAAAAGAACUGCCAAAAGGGGACUUAAUUCUGAAUUGACAGUGGUCUUGAUAUAGACGUCAGAUAAAGAACCAAGUGAUUUGCCAUAACACAUACAUGCUAUCUAAACUGUAUGAUGAAUGCAAUCCAAACACACCCUCUGUCUUUGUUUUCAGAAUUCUUUAUAAAUAGGACAUCCUAUAUCCCACUGCACCUGUUGACAAGUUAUAUUAAGGAUACAAUUCCAAUUCUAAUUUAUCUUAUAGGUCCCUCAGUUUAUGAUUGGAAUUGCUUAUCGUCAACUUGUAGUGUUUGGGGUAGGCUAUAUAUAUGGGAUAACACAUAUGGACACGCUCUGUUCAUUAUUAUAAGGUCACACUCUGGCAGGUUGAAAGCCGUGUAUUUGGUACAGAACAGCAAUAACACUAUGUUAUUGCAAUGCUUUAUUGAGGCACGUAUAAGCCUUCAAACCAUUAAAACAAGGAGUAUAGCCGAGUACAAAAGGUUACCAGCCAGGUCAGAAAGAAAAUUAGAGAGGAGUGCCAGUCUGCGAUAAAACCUGUAAAAUACACGCUGUUGUCUAAAGGUCUAUAACUAUGACAUGACUAUGAAACCUCAGGAAUAAUUCUCUUUGCAUAAAACUAUAGCAAAAAUGUCUAUAAUAAAGAUGAUUUGUCAACAUUUUUGUGCUGCCCAUAUCACAAGCAGCAUAAAACUGGUGCAGGGCGUUUUAGAUAAAUCAUAGUUUAAAAAUGCCACCGGACCUGGGUAACUAGUCACAAGGGGUAGUCCCUGUGGCUUGUCUAUGCCCUGCCUGCUCUGAGGGAUGCGUCUUUUUCUGUCUGUGUGUAGGGAGCGACAUGUCACUCAGUGGUUGCAGGGCUGAUGGACAAUUGAUGGACAAAACCUGAUAUUAUCUAUAGUACACACCUGAGUUCUCCAACUUUUCUGGCUUGUAAACCACUUUAACAUAUGACAGUGAGUCACAAAUAUGUAAGAAAAAAAGUCUU